GGAACAACAUAAUAAAGAUUCCUUGUAAUUCCCAAAUUCUGCUGAAAACCUUUCUCAUCUUUUGACUCUUCUUUGCAGCUAGAAACACGGUUUGGCGAGCAGCAGUUAUGAUGUUAAACAUGGCGGGAUCUGUUUCUCCGGAUUCCACGGCAUCCAUUUCCUCACUCCUGGCCAGCUGUAGCCUUAACAGCACAGGCCCUUCCUCUCGCUCACAUACUUCUGUGACGUACAAGGACCGGUUGUAUGAUUCUGCCAGCAAAGCUCUGGAGGACUAUAUCCAGGACUAUGAGGAAGGUCUCCUGUCUACAGAAACCAAAGCUGGAAAGAUCAGCAGUCGUGCUCGCUUAAACCAACCUAUUAAAAAAAGGGAGUUGCAGCACCAGCCGUCCGUGUCAAGCAGAAGAAGAAAACCUCUCACAAGAGACGCAGAUCUCCUGAGCCUCACCACGGAUGAUUUGAUCUCUUUCCCUUCUGAUGGAUCCUUGCCUUUGUAUCGGCCUUAUCAGUCUGAGCACAAGCACAGCGGAACCCGCAAAACAAUAUACGGACCUUCUUUCAGAAAGCAAAAGUCUUCGCAGACACCCCCUGCCUAUAGCAAGCGGCACCUUCAUCUGAUGGACCGUGAGACCUACAAUGAUAUUGCGUAUGGUUCCCACAAAGAAAGACAUAAUGGUGAAUAUAGUAGACAUGUUGCUGCCAGAGGGAACAAAACCAUGGUAUUAACGCCUCCUGGUUUAAGACAAAAAACUUUGUUGCCUACAAAAGAUUAUCCAAGGUGGCUAACGAGCCAUAAGUCUGAGCUGAGUGUUUCUGGGAUAACGAGCGUUCCUGAAGCAAAAUAUCCAGUGUGGCUAAAGAACCACGGCCUCCUUUCUAAUUCAGACAGCGAACUAAGCCUUGAUAGAUUCAAGUCCAAUCAAGAUGUUUUAUUUUCGGAAAUUAAUCAAAGAUUACAUAGAGCAGGGACUUGCUCGUACAACCCAACUCGUGUUUCGUACAGUGAUGAUGAAGGAUUUUACAAACUUAAAGAAAGCAAACAUGCAAUUGGUCACCCGAAAACACCUCUGAAAAGUGAAAAUUUCGAUUUGCUACUACAGAAACCAGAAGAUGGUGACAAUUUCAAGGCAGAGAUUUCGAGCCCUUUGCAUUAUGAACGGAGCCCUCAGACAGAAGAUUUCAUGGAGGCUGAAAGGUCAUGGGAAAAUAUUCCAUAUCCAGUGAAAUCUCCAGUGCAAGUGAUAAGCAAAGACAGUGACUUGGGAAUCUACUCACAAUCCAAAUCUGUCGAAGAUACUGAUGGUUUCCUGACGAAAGACCACACGGCCUGUAGGACUUCGGUGAGCACUUUUUCAGGGGGAAAUCACCAUGGUCCGGUUGAAGCGCUGAAACACAUGCUGUUCAAUCUCCAGACGUUCCAACACAGUUUCACCCAGGGAAAAACCACAGAACAAAUAGAGGAAAUUCAUAAAGUUUCCAAAGAAGCCGAUGAAGAUUUACGGCCCCUCGAUCAAGAAAUGUUCCCGGUCAAUAAGUCUCUACAGAAAGCGUUGCACCAUUUAUCAAGACUGAAGGAACUCGUGGGAGAUUCCAGCAUGAAACAGUAUAAGGAAAAGAAAGAAGAAUCAUGACGGUUUUUACAUUUAAAUACAACCUUUGUUAAAGCUAACUAAUAAGAGGCACUAUAUUUGUUAUAUAUAUAUAUAUUUUGAUACACAAAUGUUUACAUAUAUUAAUCACAAAAAAUGUAAAAACAUUUCUAUAUUUACAUUAUGGUGUUGAAUUUGAUGUUUUGCCCGGUAUUUGAGUUUUUGGUGUGUCUUAUUAAAGUGAAUUU